GUAGAGCGAGCGUUAACCUCGUUCAUGCCGUUUAAUCUUUCAGACCAAAGAUGGCGGCGGCUAAUCAUCGUCUUCGUCAUCUUCAUCGUCAUCAUGAUUAAGUAAUCUGCAUUCUUCCUUUUCAUUAACAUUCAGUCGCCAUCUGAAUUCGAGAGCACGCAGGAAAUCCAUUUCUAGUUUCUAACGUUAUUUUUUUGUUGUCGUCGUCGUCGUCGUCGUCGUGACGCUGUGUCUGAAUUUCUAACCCUAAUUGAUCAGGCAAUUCGGAUCAGUUUUCUGUGAUUCGAGAUGUCGUCUGAUUUGUUCGUUUACGAAAACGCCUUCUUCUCCGAUCCGAUUUCCCUAUUCGGAGAGUCUCACCAUCCCCAAUUUCCCCUCGAAAUUCUCGACGAGGAUAGCAGUAAUUUGGUUCAGGAAAAUCCGACAACCUCGAUUGAGGAAACCGGUAAUUGUCUGGACCAGAUUGCGUCGGCUUGGCUGUCGUCUUCCCCGCCGAGUGUCCAGCUGGAGAAUCUAUCCUUGCAGUCGCAGUUCGGAAAUGCGGCGGCCUUCUCCGUCAAGUCCGAGGAUUUCCCCCUCAGCUUCGAUUCCGGAUUCCAUGGAAUUCUCCCGCAGAGCUUCGACGGCGCCGCCGUCAGGUAUAUGCAGAGGAGCUUCAGCAGCAACUCUUUCGAAAACAAGCAGAGCUUCCCGUUCCAGCCGCAGUUCGACAACCUAAUUUGGGAGUGUCAGAAUCUGCCGGAUUCCUACGCCGCCGCCGGCCAUAUGCGGCGGGUCUGCAGCACCGGAGAUUUACAGAAAGUGAAAGGCGAUGUCCAGGCGAGGAAUGUGGUGUCCGUCUCCGGGGAGAAGUCGUUAAUGGAGGAAGGCAGUUUUAAAGUGGGGAAAUACAGCGCGGAGGAGAGGAAAGAGAGGAUUGAUAGGUACAGAGCCAAGAGAACUCAGAGGAACUUCAACAAGACAAUCAAGUACGCCUGCCGGAAAACUUUGGCCGACAACCGGCCAAGAAUACGUGGCAGAUUCGCACGAAACGAUGAGGCUGGAGAGAUUCCCAAUUCGAAGGCAUCCUCCAGAUCUUACGAAGACGAAGAUGAUCUCUGGAUUGAUGGGUUUCAUGAAGAAGAAGAGGAGGAAGAAGAAGCCACUGCAAGAAUAAGAUCAUGGAGCUUCUUCAAUGGCGGCGCCGCCGCCGCCGCCGCCGCCUGUCGUUCUUCGACUCACUAUCAAAAUUACAGCUACUAAUGUUGUCUGCAAAUUGUAAUAAUGAGAGAUCUAGAAAUUGCAUGGUUUACCCUUUGUUUUGUUUUUUUGUUUUUUUUUUGCAUUUUACUUUUUAAUUCGAUCGCAGUUCUAUGUAGUGAUUUAGGUCGUUGGGCAUAUCAAUUUAAUUUCAUUGUAUUUCUCACAAUUUGUAUAUAUAUGCACCCAAACCCUACUUUCUACAAUUUGUAAUAACAUGUUUUGUACCCCUUAUUU